AUGGAACCCGCCAGUUACGAACAAAAAUGGCUUCCUGAAGAGAGAAGAGAGCCCGCUAACCCGGUAAGACCUCGUGGUAGUAGCGUCGAUGCGCAUGGUCCGGUGAACAUUGAAAGUGGCUCAACGUCUACUCCCAGAAGAAGCAUGAGAGAAAUGACUAAAGCAGAAAGAAGAGCACAUCAAGAGAGACAAAGAGCCGAAAAAGCGGCAAAAGCUGCUACUUCGGCGACUACAUCUGCAAACAAAAAGAGUGGAUCAUCCGAUGCAACGGGACAGGAUUCUUCUUCAUUAACAAGAGCAAAGCCCAAAGACAAAGAGAAUAAAGGAAAGCCGUCAAUCGCCAAACCUGAUAAGAAUGAUCUCAGCUCCUCGACUGAUUCUAAGCAAGUAGCCCUUCUUGCCCAUCUUGCUCAUCCCACUCGACCGUCGACUUCAUCUCCCGCAAUAGCCGAUAUACACCCAUCUGUUCUGACACUUGGUUUACUCUUUUCAGAAAACAAGAUCACUGGGUCCAAUGCAAGAUGCGUGGCUACUUUGAAUGCAUUUAAGAAAGUAAUCCAAGAAUAUCGCACACCAGAGGGUACUACUUUGAGUAGACAUUUGCAGACUGUGUUAAAUUCGCAGAUUCAAUAUCUUGUUGAUUGUCGGAAUAUGAGUGCAAAAACGUUGCUCUGUCAGAAGAUUGACAACUUUAUACGAGAACGUAUAACAAUCGCAGAUAAUGCCAUAGUCGCCUACGGGCUGCAGAAAAUACAUAACGGAGAUAUCAUACUAACAUACGCAAAGUCAUCUGUAGUAGAGGCUCUGAUAUUGGAAGCACACAAAGCAGGUAUUCAAUUCAGCGUUGUGAUUCUGGACUCGAGACCAAAAUUUGAAGGCAAACAUCUUUUAAGAAAUCUCGUCGCCGCCGGGAUAAAGUGUACAUACUGUUUGCUUCAUUCCUGCGGUUCUGCAUUCAGGCAUGUUUCCAAAGUCUUCCUUGGUUGCCACGCGGUAUUAUCCAAUGGUGCUCUUUACUCAAGAGUAGGCACUGCCAUGGUUGCAAUGAUGGCUAAGGAUCUCAAUAUACCUGUUAUUGUCUGUUGCGAGACGUAUAAAUUUACUGAUAGAGUGCAACUGGAUUCUUUUGUGUGGAACGAGGAAGGUAAUCCAUCAGAACUGGUGAAUAUAUCAAACAAUCCAAUACCUAAACCCGGCCCGCUCUCUUCCUGGCUUGGACAAUCCGAUCUUAAGUUAUUGAACAUUCUUUAUGAUGUAACACCUUCAAAGUAUAUUACAAUGGUUAUUACAGAAGUUGGUAUGAUUCCGUGUACAAGUGUACCAGUCGUAUUACGUGAAUACAAGGCUAUGGUUCAAUUAUAG